CACAGCUCUGGAUUCUGGGCUCAUUGCUCAGCUAUGCAAGUAUAGAGGAGGAUUAGCUCAAGCUGAGCACCACGAAUCAGCCAUCAGCCGGCUGACUCAAGCAGACCUCUUUUUACCUUAAACUCUGCCUCAGUCCCCUUUCAUUCCUCUUCUCCCUCUUUCCUUUUGCCCCUUUUUUUCUUGUCUUGCUUAUAACUUUGUUAUCAGACGAGCAGUCCGCGAGGCCCCGACUGUGCCGGGUCUCUCAGCCUGACGGUCACAUCACGACGUCUUUGACCCAACACUCAACAGCCUACACUGGCUCCAAAGAGGAGCUCAUGGACAGUGGAGAGAAUGCUGUGUUUGCAGCAGUGGAGCCGCCCAGACGUUCACGAGGCGUUCUUAUCCUCCAUGGCAUGGUCAUGUUUGGACGAGAAUUCUGCUAUGCCGUGGAGGCAGCUUUCGUCACACCUGUGCUUCUGAGUGUUGGCCUUCCCCGCAGCCUGUACAGUUUGGUGUGGUUAAUCAGCCCCAUUCUGGGCUUCCUUCUCCAGCCCGUUAUUGGCUCCACCAGCGACUACUGCCGCUCUCCAUGGGGCCGACGACGACCUUACAUCCUAACCCUGGGUGUCCUCAUGCUGCUGGGAAUCACCCUCUUCCUCAAUGGAGAUGCUGUCAUCUCAGCAUUCGUCAGUGACAAGCCAUUGAGGAGGAUUUGGGCCAUCGUGGUGGUGAUGUUCGGAGUCGUGCUGUUUGACUUUGCCGCAGACUUCAUCGACGGGCCGAUCAAGGCCUACCUGUUUGAUGUGUGCUCACAUGGAGACAAGGAGAGAGGCCUGCACUACCACGCUCUGCUGACAGGUGUGGGUGGUGCAUGUGGAUACCUAGUGGGGGCCAUGGACUGGGGACAUUCUUUAUUGGGUCAACUUCUAGGCUCUGAGUACCAGGUCAUCUACAUUUUCUCAGCACUGAUCUGGACUGUCUUCCUCACCGUGCAUCUCUUGAGCAUUCCAGAAAAGCCUCUGUGCGUGCACUCAGCUCCCUCUGGCUCCUCAUCUUCUAGUACUCUGCACCUGUUGGACUCCCACAGCAAUAGUUAUGGGACACUACCUAAAGAGUCUAUCUCACCUGUGGUGCCAGAACCUGUCCCAGACUUCAGGCCCAGGUCCUUCUCUGUUCUGGGGGAGGCCAACUCUGUAACAUCCAGCAUGAAGCAGUCAAAUAAACAGGCCCAGAAGAGGAUGACCAUCAGAUCACUGAUGAAGGCCAUCAUCAACAUGCCAAAUCACUAUCGCUGCCUUUGCAUCAGUCACUUGUUAGGAUGGACAGCUUUCUUGUGCAACAUGCUCUUCUUCACUGAUUUCAUGGGACAGAUCGUAUACAAAGGAGACCCCUAUGCAGAGCACAACUCUACAGCCUACACCACCUAUGAGAGAGGGGUGGAGGUGGGCUGCUGGGGCCUGUGCAUUAACGCAGUGUCUUCUGCUCUCUACUCCUAUGUACAGCGUGUCCUGCUGCCGUACAUGGGCCUGAAGAGCCUGUACUUCAUGGGCUACUUUGUGUUCGGUUUGGGCACCAGCCUGAUUGGCCUCUUCCCCAACACCAUCGCCACCCUCGUCCUGUGCAGUAUGUUCGGCGUCAUGUCCAGCACACUCUACACCAUCCCAUUCAACCUGGUAGCAGAAUAUCAGCGUGAAGAGAAGGAACAACUGAAACAGUCUGGCAAUGGCAAAAGCCUACGGGGCACUGGCGUGGACUGUGCUGCUCUCACGUGCAUGGUCCAGCUGGCUCAGAUUAUUGUGGGUGCAGGACUCGGCGCUCUGGUCAAUGCAGCUGGGAGCGUAAUCGUGGUGGUGCUUUCAGCUUCCACUGUCUCACUGGUCGGCUGCAUCUUCAUUGCCCUUUUUGUCAGAUAUGUAGAAUGAAACUGCUUUUCAUUUGAAGUGAUUAUUUUCCUGAAUAAAGGUCCUUUCUUAAAUCUUAAAA